CAUCGGUGUGCUUCUUCGGGCAAAUCCAGUUCUCCAAAAAUUCCUUGAUUUGAAAUCAUGUCGCGUCGCUACAUGGCGUCCUGCUAACUUGUGCACCGAUUCUUCAGUGUUUCGUUGAAUUUUUUGUUGGCAUUCAAAGUUCACCGUUGAUCCGGACUACGAUGGAGUGGCUCCGUCUGGUGGCACUGUUUCUGCUGGUUUCGGUCGUGUGCAGCAAGGAAUCGUGGCAGAAGCCCGGCUGCCAUAAAGUUGGUCACACCCGCAAGAUCAGCAUCCCGAGUUGCGUGGAGUUUACGAUCACGACGAACGCGUGCCGCGGGUUCUGUGAGUCGUUUGCCAUCCCGUCGGCACCGUUCGCCGUGGGUGUCCACAAGCCAAGCCAACCGGUAACGUCGGUCGGGCAGUGCUGCAACAUAAUGGAAACUGAGGAUGUUCACGUACGUGUGAUGUGCACUGAAGGCAUCCGGAACCUGACCUUCAAGUCGGCAACCAACUGUUCGUGCUAUCACUGCAAAAAGGACUAGCAGAUAGAGCAGUAAUUUAAGCACAGCGCAUAGGCAGCAGAAGCACUAGAGAAUGUUACUAUAUAUUGUUAGUUAAGUGCUUAAACUAUUUACCUCUGAGCCACCCUUAUGCAUUAGCGUGAUGACUUUGUGCAUUGUGUAUGUUCUAGAACGGUAAGAACGUUCCGCAGGGAAUGUUCAUACUGUUACUGUAUAUUAAUGUACAUUUGCAGAUGAUAAAGCGCAUAGAAUAUAUAUUUUCAUAAACCACA